CUAUUUGAUGUCUUUAUAAGUUUAACAAUGGCCUUAACACAUGGGAUUGUUCUCCAAGGAUUCGUUAGGGAGCCCGUGGAUGAGGUGCUGCAGAUCCCCCCGUCCCUGCUGACAUGUGGAGGCUGCCAGCAGAACAUCGGGGACCGCUACUUUCUGAAGGCCAUCGACCAGUACUGGCACGAGGACUGCCUGAGCUGUGACCUCUGCGGGUGCCGGCUGGGCGAGGUGGGGCGGCGCCUCUACUACAAGCUGGGCCGCAAGCUCUGCCGGAGGGACUAUCUCAGGCUUUUUGGCCAGGAUGGUCUCUGCGCCUCCUGUGACAAGCGGAUCCGUGCCUACGAGAUGACGAUGCGGGUGAAAGACAAGGUGUAUCACCUGGAGUGUUUCAAAUGUGCCGCCUGCCAGAAGCAUUUCUGCGUGGGCGACAGAUACCUGCUCAUCAACUCCGACAUCGUGUGCGAGCAGGACAUCUACGAGUGGACUAAGAUCAAUGGCAUGAUCUAGGCGUCUCUGGGAGGCGCUCCACCCAAGCCACUGUCUCUAGGGGGUCUUCACUCGUAGGCACUUUGGGGAUUCGAGGGCGGGGUGAGGCAUUUCUUAGCGGGUGGUAGACCCUAACUGGGCACACGACACAGCAUCUAAGUGACAUAAUGCAAAAAAUGAUAGCUAAAUGUGACAAAAUGACCGGCCUUUAGGGAGGACGUAUGGACCGUAGCCAGAGCCUACCCAUAAUAACUGACAUGAUUAGCGAAGGCAGGGAGCGUUUGGGGAGGGGACAGCAUUUGGGCCAUCACGACGGAACUUUACAUCUACAGAUAGGGAGUUGUGGGAAGACGCGCUAUGACUUUGACCCUUGGCGACUAGAGAUGUGCAAUUGAUUUCUGGACUUCCUGGCUUCCAUGACAACCCUGUUCCAAUCACUGCCCUCCACACACGAGAAGGAUAGGAGAGCAGCCACCCUUUUUCCCUCAGCCACCUUCCCAAGGCCUUCAGCUCUGGGCCCAAGGGAAGCAGCAUAGAGACACAUUUCAGUUGAAAAUGGGAACUGCAACUCUUAACCACACACUUAUUGAAAGCGACACUGGUGAAUCCCUGUUUUCAGAUACCUUAGUUUUGAGGUGAGGAGUUCCAAGAUUGUUUCUAUACAAAUGUAAAUCUAAAAAAAAAAAAAAGGUUGUUCAACUAUUUUGUUAUUUUAGAGUCUAUCAAAGUAUUUGUUGUGUGUAGUUAAAACAACAAAACACCAAACCUCUGCAGACAAUAAAAACGACAAGACUAAAA